ACGAGCGAGCGAGAAGAGAAGAGAGAGUGUGUGUGCAGUCCUCAGAAAGCGCACAGUCGGCAGUCAGCAUCCAUGAACGCGACACAUUGAUCUUUUCUUCUGGAACUUGUCGCUUUCCUCGCUCAGGACGGAUUCUACCAGGAAAGUCCACCAUCCUCUGCUCACCUCCACCAGGCAGGCUUCCAAAAGCGCGUCAUGCACCCCGGCUCCAAAGCUUCAGCACAAACUUCCCUGAGGACGACUUUUUUUUUUUGCUUGGUAUUUUUGGGAUUUAAAAAGCGCACACCCGGAGGUUCCGUCGGUUGUUGAGGAUGACGUCCGGCCGCCGCUCCACCUGCAGACUCCUCGCCGGCUUGCCGCUACUGCUGCUGCUUCUGCUUGGGAUGCCCGCCGCCGCGCUCAUCACAGGCACGGAGGCCAGCUGUGAGAACGAAGGCGAGGUCCUGCACAUCCCCAACAUCACCGACAACCCGUGCAUCACCUGCAUCUGCCUGGAAGGCAAGGCCGACUGCAAGCAGGAGAAAUGUCCGCCAGUGUCCGAAGAUUGCGCCCUGGUGGUCAAACAAAGCGGCGCGUGCUGCGAGAGGUGUAAAGGUUGCAUGUUGGAUGGGCAAUCUUACAACAGCUCAGUUUCCUGGACCAGCGCCAUCAAGCCUUGCGUGACUCGGCGCUGUCAGGAGGGCGUCAUCACGGAAGCAGAGGUGCGGUGUGUAGUCCACUGUAAGAAUCCCAAGAUCCAUCCCAAAAAGUGCUGCCCCACCUGCCCCGGUUGCAUCUUCGAGGGCCGUUUGUACAAAGAGAAGGAGGAGUUCAGUCCAGAAGGCAAACCCUGCAUCAAGUGCACAUGCACGGGAGCGCGCACGCUCUGCGUGAAGGAGGCGUGUCCUGUGCUUUCUUGCCCCGCCCACCUCAGUCACACCCCUCCGGGCCAAUGCUGUCCCAAAUGUCUUGGUCAGCGGAAGGUGUUUGAUUUGUCUCAGGGGAGUUGUCUGUUCCACAGCGAGGUCUUUGAGAACGCCACGUCUUUUGCGCACGACAACUGCACCACGUGCACCUGCAAGGACUCCACCGUGGUGUGCCGGAGGCGCUGCUCGCGUCCGGGCAGUUGUCACGGCGACAGCUGCUGCGACAACUGCUUGUCCUACGUGAAGGUGGACGACGUCAAGUACUGCCGAGUACGCAACAAGAUCUACAGGGAAGGAGACAUGUGGUCGUCGGUGAACUGCACGCUGUGCGCGUGCGCGAAAGGCAGCGUGGAGUGCCGGCCCAAACAGUGUGUGCCAAUCACCAGCUGCCCUUCGAACAAGAUUCUGAACCGGACGGGCUGCUGUCCAGUCUGCACUGAAAAGCCCGGCGUGUGCACCGUGUUUGGCGACCCGCACUACAACACCUUCGACGGGAGAACUUUUAACUUCCAGGGAACGUGUCAGUACGUGUUGACCAGGGACUGCGGCGGUGCUGCUGGCAGCAACGCUGGCGUCAACGGCGGCGACUCCAGCUUUACGGUGUUGGUGAAGAACGACGCUCGGCGCACCCGCUCCUUCUCCUGGACUCAGUCGGUGGAGGUGCGUCUGGGAGGCCUGGUGCUGGGCCUCCACCAGCACCUGACCGUGCGCAGGAACGGCACCCGUAUCGCGCUGCCCUACCACGGGCCCGGCGUGCACAUCGACCUGGACGGCUACCUCCUCAAGCUCACCACCAUCGCAGGUCUGGAGAUCACCUGGGACGGCGACAGCUUUGUGGAGGUGGUGGCCGCCCCCCACCUGCGGGGGCGCCUCUGCGGCCUGUGCGGCAACUACAACGGCCACAAACGCGACGACACCAUGGGCGGCGACGGCCACUUUAAGUUCGACGUGGACGAGUUUGCCGAGUCGUGGCGCGCGCUGGACGGCAACGAGCUGUGUGCCCAGCCGCCGCAUCGUCGCCCCACCUCCUUCCUCUGUCCCGGCAGCGUCAAGGUCAAAUUCCGCGCCCACCGCGAGUGCCAGAAGAUCAAGUCGUGGGAGUUCCAGAAGUGUCACCGCGUGGUCGACUUUGCCGCCUUCUACAGGUCGUGUGUGACGGACAUGUGCGAGUGUCCGGUGCACAAGAACUGCUACUGCGAGUCGUUCAUCGCCUACAGCCGAGCCUGCGAGCGAGAAGGCGUCCCCGUCCUCUGGAGGCCGGACGCCUCCUGCAUGGCCACGCAAUGCAAGCACGGCGCAGUUUACGACACGUGCGGGCCGGGCUGCACCAAAACCUGCGACAACUGGAACGAGAUCGGGCCGUGCCACAAGCCGUGCGUGGCUGGUUGCCACUGUCCCGCCAACUUGGUGCUUUUCCAGGGACGCUGCAUCAGACCGCUAGCCUGCCCCGGACGGUGACCCCACGUCCCCCACAAAAAAAAAAGCAUCUCGGACUUGAGAUGCGGCAAAGGUACUCAGGGUCCAAGGAAUCCCUUUUGAACAAAACACUCAGGAGAGGAAUUUUGCGGGAGGACGUUCUCGUCUCGGAACCUCACGGAACUUUUGGACUCUCCGAGUCGUGCUGAUAGUCUCCGAAGUGGACGAGGAGCUUUUGUACUGGAAGCGAAAUAGAUUUAUUACAAGCUUUUCUACAAUUGUCAUGUGUUGAUACUGUUAAUUUAUAUAGCAAAGGUGGUAGCACAAGCAAGGAGGGUGCAGCUAAGAAACGGUUUACAGUGAACCCCCAGUUGAUUGCAAGGGAUACGUUCCACAUCCACAAAAAAUGAAUCAUGAAAAUUAAGUGUUGUAAAAUCGUGCAAGGCCUGAUGUCAUGGUCGUAAUUUUUUGUAUUGUAUGUUUUACCAAAAAGGAAAAAAAUGGUCGCUGUGUAGGUGUGUGCAUUCGGGGUUCACUGUAAAGGGACAAAACAAAGAAAAAGCUAUUUAUGUUUAUGUGGUGUGUGUACUUUUGUGUGCCCAAAUGUGACUUGUGUGGUGUCGUUGAAAAGUACUGUAGCGUCUUUGUGGAAAAUGUUCAUGAAAAAAAAAACACCUUACCCUCAUUAUUUAAGAGCCACAAUAUAAUCUUUUAUCCAAUUUCA